CUUAAGGAUCCUUACAGAAAUAUUGAUGAUGGUUCUUUCCUCAGAAUUCCAUUCUGGUUUUUCCGUCAGAAGUCCUUCAAUACAUCCCUCUUUACUACUUUUCUCUUUGAGGUUCCCAUAGAUACUUUUUCAGUAGUAUGUUGCUCCCCAAGACCCCAACUGAAGUGGUUUCAUACAAAUAAUCUGGUGCAAUGCACUUUUAUUUAUGUACAAACACAACAAUGUGAUAUCCUAAAGAACUCAGAAAGUUUCCUGUAAGUGCUAACCACUUUAGAUUUGUGGUAUGUUCCUUUUAUGUUCUCCACUCACUAUUUAGAUUGAACUGAGUUUUCUCUAGAAAAGCAGUGCUAAUGUUUGUGUACAUUAGACC